CUGCCCCCGCCAUGUCUUGAUUUAAAAAAGUCAACACUUGAACCCUAGUUUCCAUCAAGCAGAAGCAAGACGGACCAUCUUGAGGGAAGAGGGCUGUAUCCCUGAUGGCUAUGAAUGGCGCGAAGUACUCUUGUGUACCGCAGAUUCAGAUCCAAAUGCACUCGGCUCGCGCGCAACCCCGCCCCGUCAAAGCUUGAUUUCCGGUGAAACUCCUGGCGUCAAGAUCUGGCACGUUUCUCCCAUGCUUUUCUUUGUUGGUAAACCCAACCAGCGAUUGACAACAAAGAAGUCUUUCCUCUUGUUGGGGGGAGCAGAAUUCUCACGAUAGGAAAAAGAAAAAUGAGGAACCAACGAUUCUCUCUUCUUAAACAACCGAUAUCCUCCACACUUAAUCAACAUUUGAUAGAUUAUCCAACCCCGAGCAAUCUUAGUUAUUGGUGGGGCUUCGGUUCGUUAGCUGGUAUUUGUUUAGUCAUUCAGAUAGUGACUGGCGUUUUUUUAGCUAUGCAUUACACACCUCAUGUGGAUCUAGCUUUCAACAGCGUAGAACACGUUAUGAGAGAUGUUGAAGGGGGCUGGUUGCUCCGUUAUAUGCAUGCUAAUGGGGCAAGUAUGUUUCUCAUUGUGGUUCACCUUCAUAUUUUUCGUGGUCUAUAUCAUGCGAGUUAUAGCAGUCCUAGGGAAUUUGUUCGGUGUCUCGGAGUUGUAAUCUUCCUAUUAAUGAUUGUGACAGCUUUUACAGGAUACGUACCACCUUGGGGUCAGAUGAGCUUUUGGGGAGCUACAGUAAUUACAAGCUUAGCUAGCGCCAUACCGGUAGUAGGAGAUACCAUAGUUACUUGGCUUUGGGGUGGUUUCUCCGUGGACAAUGCCACCUUAAAUCGUUUUUUUAGUCUUCAUCAUUUACUCCCCUUUAUUUUAGUGGGCGCCAGUCUUCUUCAUCUGGCCGCAUUGCAUCAAUAUGGAUCAAAUAAUCCAUUGGGUGUACAUUCAGAGAUGGAUCAAAUUUCUUUUUACCCUUAUUUUUAUGUAAAGGAUCUAGUAGGUUGGGUAGCUUUUGCUAUCUUUUUUUCCAUUUGGAUUUUUUAUGCUCCUAAUGUUUUGGGGCAUCCCGACAAUUAUAUACCUGCUAAUCCGAUGCCCACCCCGCCUCAUAUUGUGCCGGAAUGGUAUUUCCUACCGAUCCAUGCCAUUCUUCGUAGUAUACCUGACAAAUCGGGAGGUGUAGCCGCAAUAGCACCAGUUUUUAUAUGUCUGUUGGCUUUACCUUUUUUUAAAAGUAUGUAUGUGCGUAGUUCAAGUUUUCGCCCGAUUCACCAAGGAAUAUUUUGGUUGCUUUUGGCGGAUCGCUUACUACUAGGUUGGAUCGGAUGUCAACCAGUGGAGGCACCUUUUGUUACUAUUGGACAAAUUCCUCCUUUAGUUUUCUUCUUGUUCUUUGCCAUAACGCCCAUUCCGGGACGAGUUGGAAGAGGAAUUCCUAAUUCUUACACGGAUGAGCCCUAGCCCUGUAAGCCCACACCUGAUCAGUGAAAAAUUAUGACACCAAUCAUUUACGUAUUACACCAAGAAUGAAUUGACAAGCGCAUACCUUUUUUUGUUGGCUAUUUUUAUAUAGCUUAGAUAGGGCAAAGAUUUUUGAAAUAAAGGCGAAGAAGAAUCAUCGUGCUAAUAGACUUACCGCUCAUACAGCUCCCAGCCAACAAGCAGUUAGCCUUCUUUUCCAAGGAAUUCCAAUGUGGAUGACUGGACAUCAGCAAUAACUGGAGCCGAGCUUUCACAAAAACAUACGAACCCACCCUAUCAUUUAAGGGGUACUAAAAUCAACGUGUCAAUCAUCAGAAUAGUUUAGAACUCGAGAUGGGAUGAAUACCCGUUGUUAGAGUUAGAUUAUCCGCGGCUCUUGGUCUUGGAGGUGUUACCGGCGCUAUUGAAUCUGGUCUGUCUGUAGUAACCAAUUCCUUUCCUGGCUUCACUCUAUGCCUUCCUGGUGGGUGACUGCUUUCUUUGCCUAUCCACUGUUGGAGGAAUAAUAGCAUUUGAAAUGGAAUCAUCAUAAGCUGCUAUUUUUUCUCCGGCUAUUGAGCCAAGUGGGACAGAAUGAACUCUUACUGUUCUCGUAACCGGUGCCGAAAGCCGGAGCUGACUUUCACGAAUCAAGCCCGGUAAGGUGAACUGAGGGUAGGGACCUCUUUCAUUCGUAGCACGACAUGACAUAAGCUACUUCUGGACAGGCAAUAUCUUCUCUCUUUCCAAUGGUCCUAGUUCAGUUAGCCAUAGCAUAGUGAAUCCGGACACAGAGCAAUAGCGGUUCAAAGACACAUGGUAUGAGCUAGCGGCGAUACAUAAUGGAAUAGAGGAUAGCGCGUGAAGUACGGGAGUAGGGGACUUCUUUAUUCUCAUAAUAAACAGGGCAAGAGCUACAGAUGGCACGGGAUAGUCGCUCUUUCAGAUAAUGCGAUAGCGCCUUGAUCGAGCCACGAGGCGAAGGUUAGCACGGUUGAGUACACUUAUUCCAGCUAACGGCAAAACCAUAGAAUAGUCAUAGUAGUAGGCCUUGAGUCUAUAGGCUACCUCUCCCUCGGCAGCUAGGCAUAGUUCAAAUAGGCAUAUCUAAGAUAGGCCUUCUUCUCUUCUGGCAAUAUCAACAUGGCAUCUCAGGCAGGCUGUCACUUCUUUCGGAUGCAAGAUGAGAUGGCAGUUUGGUAAAUCAAUGAUGAGGGAUAGCGCAAUAAGUAGCCUUAGCGCAUAGCGCAUCCGACAGCCAGCCCUACCCUGGUAGUGGAAGUGGAUGAAACGUCAGGAGGCAGUGAAGAAAGCACUAGAGGUAGGCUGCUCUAUACCUUAUUUCUAAAUAUGUGAUUUUUCGCUCUUAGCGGAUAGGAUGCUUUCGAUUCCUUAGCAGAGCUAAUUCGAUCUUCUCCUUUCUCUGGGUACGGUACAAAGAAGACCAAAUGGAUAGAAGAAUCCUCAGACCCAAUCGACACAGUACCGAGCCAGAGCAGUCUAAGACGGGACAAGAGACUCUUUGUUCACAGCUUCACAUCCUCAUCUUUUUGAAAAAGCAAGCUCAAAGCUUAAAGGCUAAGAUCACAUAACUACUGUAAAGCGAAAGGCGAAAGAAGUGGCUUAGCUUAACCUCUUCAUAGACACAUGGGCGAUCCAAGGAUUUAGGUUCAAAUCAAAUCCAUCUCCCCACAGUUAUAAAGAUAGGCUUCGGAUUCGUUCAAAGAGAAAGAGUAGUACUUGCUAUUUUUUUCUCCCUCUCGCCCCUAUUCGAUAAGGCAAGCUGCUAGUCGAACUAGAGCCUUAUUACCGUUCCUGACCCAAUCCAACUCGGAUCAGUUGGCAAAUCGAACCCUAAAACCAAAGGGGGGUACUUUACUAAAAAAAGGAUCCCUAAAAUCAUACUUGAUAAGGCCGAACCGGACCAGAAUCUUUUAAGCUUUUACUACGCUAUGGGCAAACUUACUCUAGGUACACAGAAAGACCAAGCUAAGCCAAUCUCACGCCGAAACAGGGAAAUUCUAGCCCUUGAAAGCAGCCCACUUCGUCCCUCUAUCCCGGAGUUACCUUAGCUUAAGGAGCUCAUCUAACUAAAAUCAAUUCCACGAUUCAAUCUUUCUUGUGAAACGUUCAUAUUAACAUCUUAAGGGGGAUGCGAGUAAGAAGUUCUUUCCUUCUCUUCUAGUAUAGGCCGCAGGGAUCACUUCACUUGGCUUACUUCGUACUGAAUGCCCUACUUACUGAGGUCCCGCCCCGAGAGAACUCGCGAUGAGCUCUUAGUGAUUAGUCAGAACCGGGUCCAGCUAGUCUUUUCAGAUCCUGCCUGCAAAAAAAGGGUCUAGUAAGCGCGGAUUCCCUAGAAAAAAGAAUAUCAUAGAAAGCUUUUCUCUUUAGGGGCGGGCAUAGAACAGAGCUAGACUUCACAAAGGCGUUCCAUCGAUCCAAUCCCUACUUCUUUUGGUCUCAAAAUUACAGAAGAGGGAAAGAUCUGAGGAUAGGAUUCUAGUUCUCCCCAAGGGAAAUCCAGCCUUUGAAACUAGUUCAAAUCGAACUCAAUGGUUACACAAAGUGUUCACCAGAAAGCGCUCAAGAGAGAGAGAGUAAAGGAACUUACGGAGGAAGGUUUUUUCGUAGCCUUUGACUUAACUGUUGGAUCAUCAGAUCACUUGAUAUUACUGCCCGGAACGAAAGUAGGAAAAAGGCAAGAUCAAAGUUCUUCCUUGAGGCCGGCUCAGCUAACCGAUAUGAUGCCGAAUUCCCGGCUCGCUUUUCUUUCGCGCCUUCUGUUAGGUGGGCAGCGCUACCCCCCUUUGUUUGCGUUGUCCUGCUUUCGCGGUAGAAGCAGGAACCGCCUUCAAUGACAAGCGAAGCAUACUUUCUUCAUAUGCGAUUUAUCUCUUUUAGAAUCUUCUCCUUGUUUCAAAGAGGGCCCUGAUGCCCCUAAAGAUUGAACUAUACCGCUAGGGGGCGAAACCAGGAUACCUCGACGAUACUUUUAGAUAAUAGAAUAGCAGAUAGGGGGAGUGUAUCGCGGAAUCAUCCAGUGGUGACCAACCAAAAGAAGUUGCGUUGAUUAUUCAAUGAUAAGAUCAUGGCACGAAAAUACUUAAGGAUUGGGGUAACCAGGCCGGGCGGCAGACACUUCAAUGAAAGAGCUCCUUUGUUUGGAAUCUUCCUUGAGAAAAGAGAAUGAAAUAGCAUCCUUCCCUACCCCAUCAGAUAGGAUAAAGGGCCUCUUUUCAAAGAAUAAAUUCCUUUUCUUAUGCUUAAGCCUAUGUACUUUUUUUUCAGUAGAAUCUGCUGCCCUAGAUUCAUCGUCUAACCUUCUUUCUUCAAACUCUAUACCUAUUGUGUGAUAGGGCCAAGAGUCCUCCGCCUUCAGCAGCUCUGUUAUUUAGUUAGAAUACGCUUACUAAAUCCCACUUUUGAUGAGCAGAAGUCGCGCUCAAUUCGAUUCGUAUUUUACUACUAGGUGAUAUGUAUGAAUAUCCUCAGAUUCGUGCAAACUCCGAUCGAAGACAGAAAUCUGCCAUUGCCGGAGACCCGCGUUCGAAGUGGGGAGUCGCUUCGGGCCAGCCAGCAGGGGCAACUUAUCAGAAAAGACUUGCUCCAACUCCUUAACAAGCGAAGGAAAUAAAGAAGCACGAGGGCGGGUUCUCUUUGAAGAGAAGGGGUCAAAAUCUUCCCAAUCAAAUCCAUGGCCCAUCCCCGAAAUGGACAAGGCUUUACUAUGGGAUUCAGAGGUAUAGCUGAUCCUGCAUGAUGACCCCUGCCUCCUCCUUACUUGGUUCAGAUAUAGAUCCUAUUUAGCUAAAAGCGCUGGCAUUGGAAUUCGCCUAUUAUAGACUCGUUGUGAUAUUGCAAUUAAGGAAAGAAAUCUAGUUUUCAAGGAGUGGGGGCUUUGGUAAAAGAUUGAGUCUAACAGGUAUUUAUUCAGUUGCCACGUAUGGGGCCUUUAGCUCAGUAAGGCCUACAGCUUCACCAAAGCAAAUCGAACAUUUCUAGCAGGAAUAGAGAGACCUGAGUCGGUAAAACAAGGAAGAAACCUAUGUAGUGGGUUCGACUCCCACAGGAGCGAAGGAGGAUUUGUCAAGGCCAUCCUUUGCUAGUUCAUUCAUUCCCUGCUGUCUCUUAAAUAUAUAUAAGAUGUAAACUCUUCUUUCAACUCGGAGUAAAGCCCUUCUCUUUCUUUAGGAGCAUAAGAAGAUGAAUCCGAAAAGAAGAAGCUAUUUCGGAAUAAGAUCAGCUAUUUCACCUGUUGUCGUAAUUGCUAGUAGUAGUUGGUAAAGGUAGAAGGAUGGUCAAGGUGCGUAGCCUAGGA